AAGAAGAUAACGUGGGCAGCGCUUCAGCGGGGGAAGAGAGCUAAGGGAAGAGGGUGAGAGGAGGAGAGAGAAGGAAGUAGGAGAAGCAGAACCACAGGGCAACCAUGGCUACCAUCUAUGCCGGAGCUUCCACUGCCCUCCUCAAGGCCCGCCUCCCAAUCACCUCCUCUUCACGCCCUCAGCUCCACCACCAUAAUGCUUUCUUCCUACCGCGCCCUUCCAUCUCCCUCUCAGAAUCCCGCAAGUUUGCUCCACUUCCAAUUAGGGCAUCUUCCUCUGAAGAUACAUCCAGUUCCAUCCAAGUAGAGGAGGUCUUUUCUGACUUGAAGGAAAAGUGGGAUGGUCUUGAAAACAAGUCAACUGUAUUAAUUUAUGGCGGAGGUGCAAUAGUGGCAGUCUGGUUGUCCUCUAUAGUUGUUGGGGCUAUAAACUCUGUCCCACUGCUUCCUAAAAUCAUGGAACUUGUUGGACUUGGAUAUACUGGAUGGUUUGUGUACCGAUAUCUGCUGUUCAAGUCUAGCAGAAAAGAGUUGGCAUCAGAUAUUGAAGAUCUGAAGAAGAAGAUCGCUGGUUCAGAAUAAGCAUCAACAUGUAGCAGAGAACUUCAAUUUUUUUUUCUCUUGUAGAUUGUUUUCAAAUAAUUUCAUCUUUUUGAAAUGCCAAAGAUACUGUCUUCAACA